AUGGGAAUCGAAUACGUACGAAACAGUCUCAACAUACUUAGGAAAACCUCUUCCUCGUCGACCACUCAGCGCGUCAUCAGGGAUCUGAAGCCGUACGUGGACGCGUACGCUACUGCCAUUUUGCGCCUGCUACUCCUCUACAUCGAAGAGAUAUUUUCCCAUGCGCGCGAGGCGACUCGCGGUAUGGCGGUGGGCGCAAGGACGGCAGCCAAGAUUACGGCGGUCAUGCUAGUAUCCCUGUGCAACUACGCGGCGGUGCGCGUAAAGUUUUCGCAAAACAACAAGCCACAGGACGUCAUCAACCUCCUGGUCGAAGACAGCAACAGGUUGUACACGAGUAACGUCGAGAACGGAGUGUCCCGCUGCGACACCGACUACAUGACGCUCCGGACCGUCAUGCCGGCCGAGCGGGUCACGGACGACGUCAACAUCAUCGAUCCGGCCAUCUCUACGACGCUGCGUGACCACAACGAGCUCAUCAUGAAGAGUUCCGACACGAUCCCCGUGCCGCGUACCAACCACUACGUGCUAGCCCUGCAGAAGGAGAAGGCGCCGGCCACCGAGGUGUCGGUCCUUAACAUCGCCUCCAUCAUAGAAGAGUGCAUGAGCAACGGGCGCGUGGACUCUCGCUUCGUCGAAGUGCACAAACAGUCGGACCAGGGCACGCAGGAGCUCAACAAAUUUUACAGCCAGGCCUGUUGCGUCUCGCCCCGUAACCUCGGUCUGUUUCUACAGUGCCUAAACUUUGAGAUGAUGGACUCGGACAUGUUUGGGGCCACCUUACAGUGCCUCAAGAUGACCAAGGGCAUACCCACUCCGCGCCAGGAAGAAAUUGCCACCUACUCAAACACGGCGCUAUUUCGGAUGGCCACCAACCUGUUUUAUCACACGCGUUUCUGCAGGAGCUACCGCGGCGAAAACACCUACCUGUACGACUCGCGCUUCUUUAACGACUUUCUACUCUGGGUCCAGUCGCCCAACUGUCUGGAACACCACAUCUCGCCUAGCGUGUCGUCGUCCAUCAUCUCGUGGUGCACGUCCAUGUCUACUGCCAUGCACACUACGCGCGACGCCAACGGAGCGAAGUGCGCCAUGGCGGCCAUAUCCACGUGCGAGGUGGACCAACGCGUACUAGCCGACUUUUUGAACAUGUUCAUCAAGCUCUUUAUCGAGGACGAGACCGAGAUUAGCGUCAUCAACAAGAAAUUUCUCGAGAAGGAACUACUCGAGGCUUUUGCCUCUGUGUCUAAUUGCUACAACCUGUUUAGGGGGCAGUUUGUUUCGGCGACGGUCUUGCGCCUCUUCCUAGCCCGUUGUAGGUGGUCCGUGGCCGACGACGUGGAAGUCAUCGUUCCGGUCGAAACAAAGUUUCUCAACAGACUGAUAUGCGACAGCGACGACCUGUUGUCCAACUCGAUGCGAGACAAGCUCCGUAAAACCAUGGAAGACGUCUCCACGAUGAUGGCGCCGCUACUCUCCAAUCCAUCCACGUCCGCGCCUCACAGCAAGGACGACGACAGCAACGCGCCCAUAUGCAUUUGA